GUCUGUGGACCAUGGAAAGCAGUCACAUAGAUUAAAUAAUAAUUUUUCUUUUCUACCAUUGACUAGUAUUUGGAUUGGUUUAAAUAUAUAAUCCCACAAUAUUCUUCAGUAGUAGAAUUUCUGUUAGAAACAGCGUACGGUAUUCCUCUAGUUGUGUCUCAAAUAUGGUUGUCAAAAACACAAACCAGUUAGAGGAAUACGAUGAUUCCACCUAUGAUAGGAAAGCUGAAGUGAAAGGCUUUGAUGAUUCAAAAGCUGGUGUUAAGGGUCUUGUCGAGUCUGGAGUAACCAAGAUCCCACGCAUGUUCCAUUCUGGCAAGUUGGACAUGGUUGAAACCUUAGCCAAUGACUCCAAGUUAAGUAUCCCCAUCAUAGACCUCAAAGACAUUCACAAGAAUACAAAUAUGCAUGCAGAAGUAAUAGGCAAAAUUCAAAGUGCAUGUCAUGAGUGGGGAUUUUUCCAGGUGAUUAAUCAUGGAAUUCCAACCAGUGUCUUAGAUGAGAUGAUUGAUGGAAUUCGUAGGUUUCAUGAACAAGAUACUGAGUUAAGAAAAGAGUUAUAUUCCCGGGAUUUGAAGAAAAAAGUGUUGUAUUAUUCCAACAUUGGCUUGUAUAGCGACCAAGCUGCUAAUUGGAGAGACACAUUUGGUUUUGCUGUUGCUCCAGAUCCACCCAAACCAGAAGAAAUACCAGCAAUAUGCAGGGAUAUUGUGAUUGAAUAUUCAAAGAAAAUAAGGGAUUUGGGUUUUAUAAUCUUUGAGUUAUUGUCAGAGGCUUUAGGACUAAAUCCAUCUUACCUUAAAGAAUUGAAUUGCUCUGAAGGACAACUUAUUUUGGGUCACUACUAUCCUCCUUGCCCUGAACCUGAAUUAACUAUGGGCACUACCAAGCACACUGAUAGUAACUUCAUCACUUUACUUCUACAAGACCAACUUGGUGGCCUUCAAGUUCUUCAUGAGAAUCAAUGGGUCAAUGUUCCUCCGGUACAUGGAGCUCUUGUUGUAAACAUAGGAGAUCUUUUACAGCUUAUCACAAAUGACAGGUUUGUCAGUGUUUAUCACCGGGUCUUAUCAAGCAGCACAGGCCCAAGAAUUUCUGUAGCAAGCUUCUUUAUAAAUUCAUAUGACCCAGUUGAGGGUGCAUCAAAGGUGUAUGGGCCAAUUAAAGAACUACUUUCAGAAGAAAAUCCACCACUCUACAGGGACACUACCUUAAAAGAUUUCUUGUUACAUUAUUAUGCAAAGGGCCUUGAUGGAAACUCUUCCUUGGAUCCCUUCAGGUUGUGAACUGACCAUGCGAAUGCCCUCUUAAUUCUCAUGGAUCUGGCACUAAUUUAUCUAAAUAACCAGCCAGUUUCUUGUUUUCCAUGUUUAGCAACCUUUAUAUA